AUGCCUUCGACGUCAAAUGAAAAUGUUUAUGGAAAUAAUUUACAAAUGUUCCUAUGGUCAAAUAUAUCCCAUGUGCUUUAUAAUCCAGAUAGUCUCAGUAAAAUCUGUAUAACAGUUAUAAAUAAUAAUAUGAUUUCCUUAAUAAAUUACACUACUCCUCUAUCACCAAAUGAUGUGCAUUUAUUAAGCAAAAAUCGAAAAGGUGACAAAGAGAACUUGCCAUUUAUAGUGAUAAAUGAUAAUGAUUUGCCACCAUGUUUGCAAUCAACAAAUCAAACAAAUGUUAUAAUAACUUCCAAUGUAAAAUUAGACUGUAAGGAAAGAAAAACACAGAAAAACUUAAGGAUCCAAAUAGAUGCUGGUGCUAAAGUUAUUACGCAAUCAGCACUGAAAAUGAAAUUAUUUACAAGGGAUAAAAUAAAUAAAAUAAACAAUGAUUCAAGCGUAACGGACAAAAAUAAUGAAUACAUAAAUAUGCAAAAAGAAGAAAAUACAACACGAAAACGAAAAAAGUAUGACUAG